CUGCAAACCAUUCCUUUCCAUUCCUUAUCACCCAUCGCUGAUUUUACUCAUACUACAUCGUCUGUUGUUCUUUUUGCUCAUUCAGCCUCGAGCACAAGUCGCGCUACACAGCGUUAACCCCCUAUCGCUAGACAUGGAUUCCCCUUCGCCCCAGGGCCCCUCGGCCCAAAACUCACCCAAACCCGACCAGGCCAAACUCGCUCACAGACCAGCCAAUCGUAAACAAUCUUCUGAUUCUUCUUCGAAUACCCAAAAUGCACCUAUACCAGACGACAAGCACGGUGCGGACUUACCAAUGACCAUGUCCGCCUCGGUGGUGCUAACCAGCUUACCCCGCGAUGCCCACCAAGCAUUGGCGGAUGCUGAGGCUGUCGAUAGGGGCAAAGUUACCGUGCGCUUUCAGCCACUGCCUUCAGCUCCCAUCCUGAAGAACCGCGUGUUCAAGAUUAGUGCCUCGCAAAAGUUCGAAACAGUCGUGAAAUUUCUCAGGAAGAAGCUGGACUGUAAAGAAUCCGACUCGGUUUUCUGUUAUGUCAACAGUGUAUUUGCCCCUGGGUUAGACGAAGGUGUUGGUGGGUUGUGGAGGUGUUUCAAGACUGACGAGCAACUUAUCGUUGCUUACUCUAUGACGCCCGCUUUUGGCUGAUGGGGAGCAAAGGUCGAUGUGUAUUAGUGCAACAGCUGUCUUGACUAUUUACAGAUUAGAAAGGCAACUGUGCACAAAAAUUGUCAAAGUUUAUUUGACAAUAUAUAAGAAUUUUGG